AAGGGUAUUUGAAAAAACUCCCAUUCUAUUUCAACGUUCUGUAGGUAUCUUGUAAAUGGGAUAACUGCUAUCAUAAGGAAUUUUUUACAAGUUUUGAGAAAUUUCAUCAUGAAUAAGGCACUAAAGUCAGGAUUUCAUAUGACUCUCUUUAAAUACUACGGAAGGUCGAUGUCAAGGGUACUUUUGUGAAAAGGGCACUUCGGCACCCUAUGCCCUCCUAUUAAAAUAGACUUGCUCCCUUGCUCCUCCUAUCUUACGUGAAAGUGUAAUAACAAAUACGACCACGUACAGUAUAACCACCAAAAAAGAAACAACAACACAAUCUAAGGAUAGAAGGAUGGGUAGGUUCUUAGCUUAAUACACCCUCGCAUACUUUUCGCCAUCUCACGCGAUCUGUAAUGUAAAACAAACGCGAAGAGAUUGGAAUCAAGAAAAAGUUUGAGCCAAUGACCCAAGACAAGAUACCGGCCUUAGUUUCUGACCUAUGUUCAACCCAUUUCGUUCAUCGCCUGGAAAUCUGUUGCAAACAUUGCAUAUUAGUUUUGCAACAUAUUUCUGCAAGCAACUAUUAACAUGCUGCACUAAGUGACUAAAGUGUGUUUGACGAAAAUGAAAUUCGUUAUACUUGUUCGCACGUACAAAGAACAUAUGUUUGAGCCCUGGUUUAAUAUGAAUUUCUUUCGCACAACUAUGAAAUAAGAAUUUUUUGUAUUGCUAGAGUAUCAUUUAAUCAACAAAUAUAGAUGAUAGGAAUAAGAAUGAAUUUGGGAAACGGCUGUUCUCAUUUUGAAAGUUGGUUGGCAAUACUGUAAACUCGAGGCCCCAAUAACUUGAACAUUCUUUAUGUCAAAGAGAUAUUGCAUUUUCCUUUCCCAAUACAUUGGAGCUUCAGGCUGCGUUGCGGAGGAUGGAUCUUGAGGCAAAAUCCAUCAUCUAACAUUGAUGCAUGACAGUGGAGAUAUAAAUUAACCAAGUCAGUGCAUUUCUCGAACGUUUUAAGAUAAAUGAGUCACAAUAUCUGAUAUAAUGAUAACUUAGUUUGUUGACAUCUUAAGAUUUAUUGGCUCCCUCCAUGAAUUAUAAACAUCACUUCCAUACUUAUCUAAUCCAGUCAAUAAAUGGUUUUUCCUUCGGGUGUUUUUAAAGACCUUAGUAAUGUUGUAGCGAGAGAUUCGCUGUGGGUUUGUCUACGUUACUUUGAAAGAACAGCUUAGAAUGCUUUCGAAAGGGCUUUGGGUUGGGAGGGGUAGAAAGUCCGGGGCGGUAACCAAAAGUUGUAUCUCGGUCUUUGUCUUCCGCUUGUUACUAUUAGAUUGUUACAAGGUCUAUUUACAACGCAAUAAGCUAUUUCUUUCAGCUACUUAUAUAAAAUCAACGCUCUUCUGUUUGUCACAGAGGAAAACGAUGUCCAAUUUUCCUUUGUCCAUGAAUGUAAUGUUAAGAAUCCUGUACUUGAGAGGGGUGUUUCCCUGGUUCUCAUGGAGACAGAAAAGCAUGGCUACAAAGAUUUUCUAAGGGGGGUCAAUAUUGUGCCCAAGCUGGCCUACAAAGGACCUGCCAGGGAAAGGCUCGGGAGCUUUAGUUCCUAGCAAGGGGAAGGAAAGAGUGAUUUGGAAGAGAGGGAGGAACAGGUAAACUUGUUAAUUAUUAUUCUGAAUAAAAACAAAUUAUAAGGGUCUUGGAAGCAUGGAGAAGUGAGAACAUUCCAAAGUUUAAAAGAUUUCUUUCUUUUUGAGAUAAUUUCUUCCUAUCCCUUUACUCUUUGGAAUAUCUAAUAUCUUGUUUCCCUGUGAAGAAAGGCAAGUUUUCAUUCGCAGAAAUCUCAAGAUGGCGGACUGUGAUGAAAUGAAUUCCGGUACAUUGGUUUAUCGAUAGUGGAGAUGAAAUGUAAUUAAAGGCUUAAAUGCAACAUCUAUCGAAAAAAUAUAGCGAUGGGUAGCAGCUGGUUGGUGUAAAUACGAAUUGAUAAAGGAAGGUUGUAGUCCUACAACUGAAGAUGACUUCACUCCAGGCCUAUCUGCCUCCAAGAGGCUCUUCAAACUGGCAUAGAUCAAGCUCUUUCAGUAUGCUAGGAGAAGAACCAUCAACAAGCAUAAGACAUGUCAUUAUAAGAGAAGUCUGGCUGGAGAAAAAACCAAGCCCUCAUGCGGUGUACAAGAUCGAAAUUAUGAGCAAUUCUUCGCAUUGGUUUGUCUUUAGAAGAUACAAAGAAUUUCAUAAUCUCCAUCAAAAGUUGAUGAAGAAGUUUUCCAUACCAAAAGACUUCUUACCUCCAAAAAAAUUUACAAAUAACAUGGCCAUUGAGACCCUUGAAACUAGAAGGGAAUCUUUGGAACAUUAUCUACAAAAGCUUAUAAAUAGUUGUGAUAGAGAAGUGAGUACAUGCCCUGAGCUGCUAGAGUUCUUGGAUCUUAAAGGCCAUGAUGUAUCACUUGUUGUAAUGUCUCUGGUGAAGUACUUAGCUGCGAAUGGAGAACGAAUCAUUUCGACCAAAGAAUUAUUCACAAUGACACCUGUACAGUUAUAUUGCAUUUCCAGGCAACUUCAACUUCCCCAUCCUUCAAAAGGCGGAGAUAAGAUAAAUCUUGGCCACAUGUAUGAAUUCAUCGGCGAGCUAGAUCGCCUGUGCAUCACUGAUCUCGUUUCAAAGGCAACACAUGGAAAGCAAUUUGAAAUUAACUACUCCUACGACUUGUCAAUGUUCACCAAACUCACGGAGCUGCAGAUUGAAGGCUGCAGGCUGGCAUCUGUUUCAGGGGUGAAUGUAUUGCCUCAAAGACUAAAAUCGCUAACUUUGAGAUAUUGUGUUCACACGAUGAAGGAAUUCUUGAUCGACUGUGCUGCUGAGAAGAGACGGGCACCCGACGCAAAAAAUACCAAAGAUUCUUGGAGAGCACAAGCUGCAUACAAACUUUCAAACAAAAGGAUUAUAGUCCAACCUUGGGUUUGUUUGACUUACUUGAACUUGAGUCACAACAACAUUCUUGGUCUGGAUAAUAGCAUUAGCCUGUUGCCUGCCAUUCGUGAGUUGGAUCUAAGUUAUAACAAAAUGGCACAUCUUGAUCUCAGCCUGUUAGAUGAAUCACCACUGCAAAGAUUGCUAUUGGUCGGUAAUGAAAUCUACUUGAUUUCCGGUUCCACGAAGACGCUGAUGCACUUGAAAGUUUUGAAUCUCAAGCAGAACAGAAUACAGAGUAUCGAAGGUCUGCUUUGCGCGCAAGGUCUUACCAAUUUAGAUCUUUCACACAACUCCAUUGUUAUCCUUUCGGAAAUUCGAAAAUUAGCAGCUUUGGAGCAUUUGCAAAAGUUGGCCGUGAUAGGAAAUCCUAUGGCGAAACAGAAACGACACCGCAUUAUGAUUUUAGCAAGCUUCAGAGGACGAGAUUUUGAACUUGACGGAAAAGGAAUUUCGCGAAAAGAAAGGGCUAAGCUGGAAGCAAGGUAUAACUCAGAGGAUGAAGUUGAUUUUGAUGACACCAUGAGCAUCAGUACUGUAUCUGACGAUGAUAUGGAUUCUGGGAUUGAUGGUCACGUGCCAUCUUUAGAGCCACUUUUAGAGGAAGACGAUUAUAUUGUUGUUGAUAAAGAUGUUAAUUUGGGAAGUUUAAGUCUAUGUGAAACGGGUGAGUGUAAUUCAUUUAUGCAAGAAUUGCCAGAUGGGAAUCAGUUUGAGAGUCCUAUGGGCAGCCCUGCUAGUUCUCGGAAACAAGCUUUAUCCCACAAUCGAAUGGUAACACGGAAGAGAACUGACAAACCGGAAUUAGAAAGUUUCAAUAGCUACCAGGAAUCGCUCGCGGCAAAUUGGAAGCCAGGAUCAGAAUUUCUUGAAAGGAAGUGGUCUGGCAAAGAAAGACGUAAAACUGAUGGCGGAAAUGGCCAAACAAAUCGGAGCGUUCGGAAACGAACAGAUCAGUGUGGUCCGACGCAAAAUGAUAUGGACAGUCAUCUGGCGAGCCACCCUGCACAAGCAAAUGCAUUGAAAAGAAAUGACAAAAGCACAAAUAAAGGAAAACCUAAAAAGAACCCUAGUUUGACUUCCUUUGAUAAACUGGUAAGAAACACCAGGAAAAGAGAAAAGAGACAGAUUAUAGACUUGUGGAACACCAAUAUAGGUACAGAAAGGGAGGGUAUGACAUCACCUCUUCCAGAUUCAUCAGGUCUACCGACGGAUGGAGCCCUGAAAAAUGACUUUACUCGCAACCAGGCUGUUUUUAAGAAAAACGUAGUGCUUUUGCCGGAAAUUGACGAGUUUCGUGUCGAAGAUGCUGAUGAAGAUGAACUUUGGAACGGUGAAGAAGACUGUGAAGCUGGAACCGAAUGCGAUGAAAAUUUAGAGAAUUAAACAUAUUAAGUUAAGGCAAUGUGAAUAAGAAUUAAUUGUUGUCUUUAAGAAUUCAAUUACCUAAAUUAUUUUUUGUCAAAAAUAGCAGCAUCUGUUGCGUUCAACGAGGUGCUCGUUAAUUUCUAGUGAAUGCUUUAGCCCUUGUUGUUUUCAGACAGGCGGACCAUGGCUUUACCAAGCAUCCUUAUUUGAUAGAGCAAAUACGAGGAGCUGAAAAAUAUUGAAGAAAAGUAUAGAAUUUCCAUGAAACCAGCAGUAAAUAAGUAUGGAUAGGUUAGACCACUCAAUCGUCACUAGUCAUGGGCUCCCAUAACGGUUGGAAAGUGGGGAGGAGACCAAGGGAGAAUUUGACAUCCAUAACAAAAGAUUUUGAAAAAAUUGUUUGGUUUUGCAAAAGCGUCCCCUUCGUCGAAGGCCCUGCUAUUUCAAAUGAAGUAAAACUCCUGGUUAAGCAAUUUAUCACAAAUGAUUCCGUAAUCCUUUUUUGUAGUAUUUUUGAAACCCAUUUUUGUUAUCAAUCAGUUCGCAACUGUUUUUUUACACUGUGACUCAUGCGUUUAUAUGUAGAUACACGACACGAAAGUACUGCUUGCAAUUUAGAUAAAUGUAGUUUCUAUACACAAAGCGUAUAGCUCUAACAAUAAAAUCAUGAUUUUAAUCCGAUACAUAGUUGGACUCUUUUUCUUUUGCUCUGCAAAUUUA